UGCGCAUGAAGAUCACUUCAUCCUGUCUCGUAGAGAACUUAACUUUUUAGAAAAAACACCCGUUGACAUAUACUGACGUUUUAAAGUAUCGCGUAAUUUAGAUAUUUUCAUAGCUGAUAAAUCAUUCAAUGUAAGGUCAUUCCAUUCUCGCGCAGUAACAGUAAAAAAGGAUAUUUUUUUACUAUUUGCACCGGUGUAGUUAUACAGUUUCACCUAAAUGUAAUUGCCGAAAUAAUAGGGAGGAUAUCCAGCAUUAUUUUUUGCACUGUUCCCUAUAUAAUACUCAAUGACAAGAUCUUUCACAAAAACUUUCUUUUAUGCCUACAUUCUCAGUUGGUGUCUGGUUACUGAAUCUAAACUUUGAUCACGAUACUUUAACAUGUUUACUAGAUACAGUCCUCGUGUAUAUUCAACAAACGAACAGAUUUGAAUAACUGCAGACAUAGUAAUUUUCAAUUUUCAAUUUUUAUGAUAUUCAUCCUUUCUCUGUCGUCUGGCCUGUCUUCUUAGUUUUUUAUAUUGCUACUCGUUUGUUAAUCUUAUCCAUAAUUACCUUACUGUGAGCACCUACGGACAACAUCUUUAUUAUUGUUAGGUACAUAAUGACCUUUGACCGCUAACUUUUUUUAUCAGAAUCAAUAAAGAUAUACAACAACGAUUUCUCUGCUACUUAAAGCUACGUUCUUUUUACGUUCGACUCGAUUUCAGAAGGUUUUCAUGCAAAAUAAAGGUCAUGUUCGUAAUCAGCGUGAAAUUUUGCAUCGGAUCAUGUGUCUUUAAUCGAAACUCGAGAAGAAAAAUUUUCAAUGAUCUAAGGAUAGGAUAGGAGCAAAAACUUUUGAAAAAAACGAAAGUCAAAAAUUUGAAAAAUAAAAUGAGCCAUUUUGUUCAGAAUUCGAUGCUGAUCAUCGUCAUAUAGUUUUUUUUCGGAAUUGUUUAAGGCCGCUCUAAUAGAAAACCCUCCCACGUCCUUUCAUUUUUCUCUAUAGGUGAAUUACUAUUAGCUAUAGAUAUUAACAAUGUAUGUGUAUAUUGAACACACUUCUAUAAAAUAUUGCUAUUCUCUUUUUGAUUUCUAUAUACAUGACCCUUUGACACACUUUCCAACAGUAUCAUCGGAAGUUGUUAAUAAUAAUCGUGGUUACGUUAUUAUUACUGGAACAAUAAAAUUAAUUCCAACAACGAGUCAAUGUAUUGCUGUGGCAGCUUUAACGGCUGUAUAUUAAAUUUUUAAUAUCAGUUAUUCGAAUAACACGAAGAUGACUCUUCAGCAUUCAAUGGUGUUCCACUGGAAUCAAGAGAUUUUAAUUCUCACUUGGUUCUCAUAAUGAUAAAAGUACGAUUCAUCAUCAGUUAUAAUGUCGAAUACACGACGGGAUCAGCCUCCUUCAAAUCUUUUCAGUGAAUCACGAUAAAACUGACUAUGGAACUGUUUUUGGUUAUCGGUGAGUUGAUGAGGUACCCAUUGAGUAAUGCCCAUGGUGUCUUCAAUCUGUGCGUAUGCUGAAUGAAGAUCAUUUUCAAUUAUUGCUUGGACAGCAUCAACUGUUUCUUCGUUGACAGUAGCUCGAGGACAGCUUGAACAAGCAGCAUCUUCAAUACUGGAAUUACUGUGUUGAAAUUCAUAGCAUCAAUUGAGAACGGUACGAUCAGUAUAACUGCUUGAACCCCCAUGCUUGCACUAAACGGACAUGGCUUUCGUUAUACGUUAAGCUAAUUUUUCAGUCAUAUAAAAUUAUACUGCGAAACUGUUCACGUGGGAGUUCAAAAGUCAUAUAAAAAAUGUUAUAUGUUUAAUUUGAAAGAAAUGUAAAAGUACAACGACGCACAGACUUCUAAGUUAAUUCUGCAUAUGUCUAGCAUUAUAGUAGAAUCGUUCCAUUCAAACUAUGGCUUCUAGGAGAACCAGGCGAAAAAACGUUUUUAGUGCCUUAUGCAUCUUAUUUGUUUGUUGUUAUAAUUAAUCAAUCGAUUUUGUCAGACACAAUUUUUCUGCUUUAACAAUUGUAUCAGAAAGAGAUAUAAACAUACAACGACGCACACUUCUAAGUUCGAAAUUUUCCACAUAAUUCUGAAUAUGUCUAAACAUUAUAGUAGAAUAGUUCCAUUCAAAUUAUGGCUUUUACGAGAACCGGGUGAAAAAACGUUUUUAGUGCCUUAUGUAUUUGAUUUGUUUGUUGUUACAAUUAAUCAAUCGAUUUUGUCAGACACAAUUUUUCUGCUUUAACAAUUGUCUCAGAAGCCGUUUCUGUUCUCGGUAUUUCACACUAUCAUUUUGAACAUUUCUGAUUAGUUAUCCGCCAAUUUUUGUUUGUGUAUAGUAUCACCAUGACUCCAAGGGCGAUAUAGUAUUGCUCUUAAAUGGUUGAGUCGUUUGAGCAUGUUUUGAGUACAUGAAAUCGCUCAAAACAGGAUUUCGUCGUGCAUCGACAAUUUAUCAAACAUCGAGAAAGAAUGUUAUAGAUGCGUCUAUAUUCACACAAGCCAUAAUGAGAAGAUCAUGCAUUAUAGUUAUAAUAAUUGAACCUUUUACUAACAAAUAUUUUGGGCGUGGCGCUAUAAUAAAAUCACUGUUUUUGUACAUGUCAUAGAAAAAGGUUACAUAUAUAUUGUCCAAAUGAGUUCGUUCUUCUUUUUCAAUAAUUUACAUGGAAUUGCACUCAUCAACACGGCUGUUGAAGAUAGUACUAGGAGAACGAAAGAAAGAAAGAAAGAGAUUUGCAAAGAAUAUUAUAUUGUACGUAUCUAUGAUUUUUAAAUAAAACGUUGUGCCAAAUCUCCUACGCAGCUAAAUAAUUAUUACCUGUAUAAACAUCUAUACAUAAAGCUAUUAAAAAAGUCAGGUCUUGUUACUCACUUCUAGUACCACGGGUAUGAAUCUAACGGGUUAUAAAAAAAUGAUAAUGAACAGUAAUUCAAGUAGAAUAUACAUAUAUAUAUAUACGAUUGCGAAUAACAUUUCUAUUCCACUUCACUUUCGUAAUUUUAUUAACAAUGACAACAAAAUUACAUCUAAUCAAACAAUGGUGGCGCCUUAUUUUCACUGUUACAGUACCAUUGGUAUUACUUCCUCUUCCACUUGUCGGAAAAUCAGAUGUAAGUUACUGCUAAUGCGCAUGUCCUUUCUCUUAAACACUCUAUGUGUCGGACUAUCUAUAUAUGAGCGAAUUGCGUAUGCUUCGUAGCGUUCUUGUUCCGUAAGUAAAGUACAAAUAUUUCGUUUUUGGCUAAACCUAAUGGAGAUCAUCCGAUAACACCGUUAGGCUCACCCCUAGCAAACGUCACCUAUGGGAAAAAUUCAGAUACAUUUCGACUGUAAUCGGACGAUACACAACUAGCUGCCAUCUGGAUUACUAGUUGGAAAAGUGGCUUAACCAGAUGAGCCUGCAGGUGUAACUAGCAAUAGUUAAAUCGAUGGAUUGUCGGGCGAUAAAUCUAUAGUUGCAACCAGAAGAAAUCUAGCAGUCAUCCGAUUACUAGAUUUCCAGUGUCGUUACACAGUAGUUGCAAUCGACUAAAACUCUAGUAAUCCAGAUAAAUUGGUGAUACUAGAUUUUUUCUUACUCUUCUGAUCUAAGUGAUAUCAGCGAUAUAUUCAUAGCACGAUCCGCUCAUAGUCUGAUAGAUUCUUCUCAGCAAGGUACGGUAUAUAAUUAGGCAUGCACCAAUCCGAUAGUUCGCUUACUGAAGGGUUUGGUACCGAACAUGUACUUCCACCAAUCGGUUCUCUUACUGCAUAUGUUCGGCACAGAAAUGUUAUGUGACCGAAUGUGUUCGCUACCUGAUUUGUAAAAAUAAGAUUAUUUUUUCGCCAAGCGAGCCAUUUGGUCAGUACCAGUUGAUAAGCGCAAUAAAUAGAGAAUCUAAUUCUGCAUUUGAAAGCAAAAAAACUUUUUUCCCUUCCAAAUCGGGUACACAUGCUCGAUAUCGAAACAUUCGGUGUCGAUCAACGAACCCUGACUUAGAAUUGUUGCAUGUCUGUAUAUAAUACUUACUGUUUAUUGUCGAUAAUAAUGGUUUUACAGCUAAAAACCCAGAUGAUUUCAUACCGCUCAAAGCCAAAACCAAUUUCUGUAGCAUAAAAAAACCAAAUGUUGAGAAAGAUAUAUUUCCUUAUACAAUGAAGUAGGCUUUAUCGAUCGCAAGAGACGAAUUUUUUCCAUUUAGAACUUUAUUCUCUUGUCAAAAGAAAAUGCAUAGAAACAUGUUUUGGAUUAAUUUUUGUUUUCCUUCGUUACGUUCGAAUGCUGUCGUUUCAACAGUUUUAGUUAGUUAUAGAAGAAUCUAUUAGUAUGGUUUGAACUUUCUAAAAAAACGAACAGUACAUACAGUUUCGAAAAAAAUGCAAUCUGAUCUAUCUCAUCUUUGAUAUAUACAAAGAGGGAGAAUAAGAGUACAUCGAUCAUUUUUCCUUCUUUUUUUAUUUUACAUUAUCUCUUCAGAUAUAAUAUGAUAUAUGGAUGUAAUCUGAGCUGUUUGUUUAUUUAGGAAGCAAGAUGUGGUUACGUUAUUAUACUAUUAAUUGUUUUUUGGAUAAGCGGAGCUAUUCCAGCAUCUAUGACGUCAUUAUUGCCACUCGUCAUGUUUCCAAUGGCUGGUAUUCUCAAAGCAAAAGAUGUUGCACCCAAUUACUUUGCAGAUGUGGUAACGUUCUUUUUUGGUAGUGUAACAUUAGCUUAUGAAAUUCAAAGUGUACAUCUUCAUCAGCGAGCAGCGUUUUUUGUUCUACGUUUAGUUGGUUCAUCUCCAAAAUGGACAAUGGUAGCUAUUAUGGGAACGACAGGAUUUAUAUCAAUGUGGUUGAAUAAUGGUGCUAGUACAGCUAUAAUGCUGCCAGUAGCCCUUGAAUUGGCCAAUAUAUUUCAAAAGCGUACGGGUGAUAACAUUGACAAUGUUCUAGAACAAGAUAAUGAUAUUAGAGCCAUAUCAAAUGGUGUUAAUGAAAUGGAAAACAUGAAAAAUAGUGAUGUUAUUUUAAAUGAGAUAACAAUAGUGCCAAACAAUCCUUCACAAAUUGAGAAAAAAUGUUAUUUAUGUCCAUGUUGGAAAUCAUCGUCAUCAUCAUCUGAUCCACCACUCUUUCGCAGAUCAUCAGCAACAUCAAACAGGAGUGAACAAAUAACAACUUCAUCACUCACUAAAGGAUUUGUGUUAGCUGUUUCUUUUGGUUCUGUAUUUGGCGGUUUAACUACAAUUGUUGGUUCUCAGACAACAAUCUUUGCUAAAGGAUUUGUGGAUUUUUUAUUUCAAUGUAAAUCAAAUUCCCAAAUGAGUGAAACUCAAACAGCUUUAAAAAACUUGUUAAAAACUAAACGAGAAGAACUGGGAUCAAUCAAAUGGAGUGAAUGGACAGUGGGAAUUCUUUUUAUAAUUGUUGUUGUACUAUGGGUUACAAAAGAUUUUGAUACUAGACCUGGAUGGUCAGUUAUAUUUCGUAAAGAUUAUGUAUCAUCGGGAACAAUAGCUUUAUUGAUAAGUCUCUUACCAUUAGUGUUACCAGAUUCAAAUCCAUUUAAACCCAAUUGGACAUAUAAAUCUAUUAUAGUAUGGUCGGAAUUAACAAAACACUUUCCGUGGAGUACAUUGUUUUUGUUAGGUGCAAGUCUUUCCAUAGCCGAUGCAUUUACAGCUUCACGUCUCACAGAUGUUGCUGCUAACCUUAUCCAAACGGUUCUUUCAGCAUCCAAAGUAUUAGCCACAUUAGAAAUAAUAAUUAUCAGUGCCGUUCUUACUCAAGUAAUGGGUAACCUAACAAUUGCAAGUAUCUUCUAUCCAAUAUUUGAUACAAUUGCCCGAGCAAAUUCAGUACAUCCAGCCACGUAUAUAUUACCGUGUACCUUAGCUGUUUCACUGGCAUUGACCCUACCAAUAUCAUCACAGCCAAAUGCACUCAUCUACGGUGGUGGUUAUCUUCGUAUAGGCGAUAUGCUGAAAUCCGGCAUUGGUAUGAUCACAUUUGCAGUCUUUAUUGUGCUGUUAGCAGCCACAAGUUGGAUGCCAGCUGUUUUUAAUAUAAAUGGAAAUAGUUUAUCAUUGUCAGGGAAUCUGACUACGACAUUUGUAUUUAUGAACCAUACUGUUAAUAAUACCGUUUGA